AUGUCGCUGGAGCCACCCACUUACCUCAGCUCUUUGCAGAACAACAUCCGCGCUCGGCCAAUUCCGUGGGAGGGCGCCGUUCGCGCGGGCAACAUCACCGAUGACCACCUCAAGAAGAUCAAGGCCGUGGACAAGGUGCGCAAGGAUCAGCGCAUUCAGACAAUAGAGGCGGAUCUUCCUGGGUACACAAGCCUUCUGGCUGGCGGGCCACAGGGAAAGAGUGUUUUGGAGUCGGCCUCACGGAGAACCGAUAUCGUGCAAUACAUCUUGGUACUGGCAUCAGACUUGAUUCAAGAUGUCCCUGCGCUGGCCGACUCGCUCAUUUCUCACCCUGAACCCUACAAGCCGUUCCUGCCGUUCCUGCACCACUCUACCAACGCCGAAGACCCGAUCCCGUUGCUCACGUCUACGUUCCUCACGGCUCUCGUGUCACACAGCCUUGUGACUUCUUCCAAACCGGCUUCCCGCGACGAGGAGGCUCUCCCGCAUCUAUAUACCUAUCUCUCUACCCUGACCAAGAACCAUGAUAGCGGACUUCAGGAUAUUGGUGUCCAAGGCCUCUCUGAGCUGCUGCGUAAGAAGCACUCCCGGGAGAUCUUUUGGAACCAUCGAAAGGAAUCCUUAGAUCCAUUGAUUGAGACACUCCGUACCGCUGCGGGGGCGGGGACUAAAGAGAAUGGUGGUACUACGGGAAACAGCACACGUGGCAUUGAGCCUGGCCUUGCUGGUGGCGUGGGUCUUCAGCUGCUCUACCGGGUUCUUCUGGUAAUUUGGCAGCUCACAUUUGAAAGUGCGCUUGUCGGUGAUGAGCUCCAAGAGAACUAUGAGAUUAUUCAACUCUAUACCCAGCUGCUUCGCCUUUCACCGAAAGAAAAGACGACCCGUCUUCUUCUUGCAACCCUUUACAACCUGUUCACUAGCAACCGGGCGACCCUCCUUCCUGUGGCGGUGUUUGUUCGGCUGCCGGGUCUCUUGACCAACCUCAGCGGACGUCACCUGACCGAUCCUGACCUCCUUGAAGACCUCAACGCUCUGUCUACUAUGUUGGAUGAGUAUACCAAGACCCAGACUACCUUCGACGAAUACGCCGCCGAAGUCCAGUCUGGUCACCUGCGCUGGUCGCCCCCACACAAGAACCCGACCUUCUGGAAGGAAAAUGCCCGCCGAAUCCUGGAUGAGGCAAACGGCGCAUUGCCCAAGAAGCUGGCAGAGAUUCUGUCCAAGGACUGGGACAAUGAUAAGCAAGUCUUGGCUAUUGCCUGCAACGAUGUGGGGCAUUUGGUGAAGGAGCUCCCCGAGCGGCGCACCCAACUCGAGCGCACUGGCUUGAAGACGCGAGUGAUGGAGUUGAUGGCUGACAAGGACGAGACGGUACGAUGGGAGAGUCUGCGGGCUGUGGGCGAAUGGCUUCGGUAUACCUUCGAUGGUUGA